AUGAAAGCAAUACAACAAUUAUUGCAUCAAGUUCAUUGGGGGGAACUUGAUUUACUGGUGAUAGACAUGCCUCCGGGAACAGGGGAUACCCAGUUGACCAUCAGCCAGCAAGUUGUGUUGGAUGGUGUGGUGAUAAUAUCAACCCCUCAAGAUAUUGCACUUAUAGACGCUAGGAAGGGCGUUAAUAUGUUUAAGAAGGUGGAUGUUCCGGUCUCUGCACAAAAAUGCAUAGACCGCAUGGAUCCAUUCUACCCCGCCAAGAAUGUCUACGCGAACUGCAAGAUGGUGACCGAACCUAAUGUUUUCGAGAGAACUUAUCAGGACCACGAUGAUGAUUGCAACGAGGCAAAGAAUAUGUUCAAGGUUACGGCAUUUCAAUGUGGAAGCAAUGAUACAACGCUAUGCAACAAUGUAAAAAACGCAUUUGAAACCGCCGGGCAGAUAAUCUCCCAGGUCUUUUAUUUAAAAGUUCCGGUAUCGAUAAAUGUCACCUUUACGAAUUUCUGCGAAGCUUUGAAACUUUGUUCUAUCGGCAAAAAAUUCGUUGCCAUCGAGUUCAAUUUCGAUCCAAAAAAAGGUGCCGCGAUGCCAUCCAGAAAUAUGUUAAUGCUAGAUGACGACGGUGCCACCAGAUUCUACCCUCAAGCACUUGUGAAACAAUUUCAAUUGUCGACCCACCCCGAGUACGCCCCUUGUGACAUCACGGCGACUUUCAAUUCUCAGGUAAAAUGGUGGUUCCGCGAGGACAAGAGGCCAAUAAAAGACAAGGAAAGAGAUUUUCUGUUUGUAGUCUUGCAUGAAAUGAUGCACGGCUUGGGCUUUGUAAGCAACUGGGCUGAUUGGACGAAUCCCCUCAACGCCUCAGAAGCUUUAUCACCAUACCCGUUGCUCACAAGCGACCCCAAAGGAGGUGAUGCGGUAAUAUUUGACGGGUUUCAGGAGACAUGUUUCGAUAAAUACGUGAUCAUACUCCCAUCUGGUCAGCACAUUUCAAACAUCACCAAGCAGUUGAAUAGAUUUGGCGGUGGACCCGGAACAAAAUUUGCAAAUGAGACCGACUUCAUACUGAAGUUCCAUGCGUCACCACAAUACAAGAUAGCGAAGAAAAUAUUCAAGAAAGCUGUAACCGCCAACGACCUCGGAUUCUUACCGCACGGUGAAUCGAACCCACGUGACUCCGUGACUCUGGAAACCAGUUUGAAUCCCUUCGUACAAGGGGCUAGUAUAGAUCAUGUGUCUAAUAAACGUUAUGCGAACAGCAGUGACUUCCUAAUGAAGUUUCUAUUUAAACCCCUGGAAACUCUGGAAUCGUUGGAGAAAAGAGCUGGGAGUGAAAGUUGUGGACCCAUUGGGCCAGAGCUAAGGUUGAUUAUGCAAUCACUUGGCUUGAUAGAAUCACGACUGUUGACCAUGCCUCAGAAUUCAAGUGGAAAAGUUUAUUAUGAAGCCGACAGGAUUAUAGAUGAGAAGAUGAUUGGGGAUGAUUGGUAUUACUACAUUAAGUGGAAGGGAAUGGAUGAAAAUGGUAAACCUUGGAAUCCAACUUGGGAACCAUCAAGUUAUUGCACACCACCGCUCAUUGCUUCAUGGGAACAACAGAAGAGAUCUGCAAAAAGGAAGCUGAGGUCACCUCAUGAUUCCAUGUCUCCAAGGCCUUCACCUGCAAGCACAAUCACCGAGCCCAGAAAGAAGCUAUUGGGAGGCAAUAAAGACGAUCGUCAAUUGCCAGGUUCUCCAGUAAUCAUCAGUGGUAACUCGAGAGCUCCCAUGGUUAUCAACCACUCGGAAUCUGUACUUGGUAGCAGUUCCAAUCUACCUAUGGUUAUCGAAGAUGGCGCACCAAGGAGCUUUCCCAUGAAUAAUGGAUCAUCAUCUAGGGUAAAGGCACAAAUCCAAAGCGAAAAAUUAACAGAUAGUGUCACUUCAAAGAUUAAGUCAACCUCAUGCGGCCAACCAUCAGAUGAUUCUAGCACAUCGCAAUUAUCAAAAAAAUCUCAUUCAUCUCACCGUACCAUCAUGCUUCCCGUACCGUUAUCACCAAUACAACAAAAGAUAUAUCGUAAAAUUUACAAUAGUCCACAAUUAUUUAGAGCCUUUGCUGAAGCCGACGAGUCAUCUCCGUUGUCCUCGAACUCACUCAUUCUCACAGCGAGAGAUCAAUUGCUCAUGGUGGUCGAUCAUAUAUCGCUACUUACAUCACUGUCCAACGACAGUAAUAGGUUACCGGCCAAGAAUUGGAUGUUGGAUAUUAAUAAAACUGGAAAACUUUUAUUAUUACGAAGAUUAUUGACGAGGUUAUCGCAUACAAACCUAAGGAUCGGAAUUGCUCUCCCUCAAGGAAAAAUGAUGGACAUCUUCAAAGAUUUCUUGGAUUCACUUGGUCAUUAUUACCUGGAGAUUCAUGAAUCAAAAUCAAAAAAUUCAAAGGUCACCCUUAAUUACAAUCGUGAAAGCAUGACAUGUGUGUUAUUCUCUACAAGCACACAGGGCAAUAGUGAUGAUUUGUCACUAUUAGAUCUUGUAAUAGCUUACGACACGAGCUUCAUUCCGCAAACGCAUUUGUGGAAAUCAAAGUCUAACGAGGACAUACCGAUAAUUAGGCUUGUAACAAAAAAUACCCUCGAGCACGCCCUCAAUUAUCAAUUGUUUCAUGAGCAAAAAGUCAUUUCUGAGAUGAAUCUUUCGGAAAUUAAAAAGACGAUAUCUUUUGGAUCAAUGAAAAAGAAUCAAAUAAUGGCUCCAGGCUGUGAAAUAGCUCAAUUUGAUGUUAAGGGGGUCUGUGAUAAGGUUGCUGAUUGGAUCGAGAGUGGAAUGCGGGAGGAACUAACGUUUGGCAUGGAAACGGCGAUUGAAAGGAUUUGGAGUAAGGGCAUUGGCAUCGUCACCCCUCUCGCCUCUUCCCGUGUUUCAGAAAAGCGAAACUCGGAAAAUUUGGAUGAUAUGGGAAUUCUUAAGCGAAGAAAGGUAAAGCAUGAUAAAGAACCAACGAAAAAUGACGAAGGGAAUGCCUCGAAAUCAAAAAAGGUGAAAUCAAUAUCCAAUUCUCAAGACGUCCCGGAAAAAGUUUCAAGACGGGAAUCAUCAAAACCUAUACUAAAGACGCCCCGAGAUGAUUCCGAAAAAAUUUUAAAACAUGAAGUGUCGGAUGUUAUAAAUGACGAAAAAAAACAGACACAGAAUUUGUCAAAGCCUGUCAUAGAAAAAAAUUCCGGUCAAUCAUCUGGAAGUACAGCAAGCAAAUCCAGAAGUUCUACUCUUGAAGAGAACGGAACAAUCGAAAGCUGGAAACAAAAAUUCAUCGACUUGCAACUUAAGUUUAAAAAUCAAGAGGAGAUUAUUUCUGAACUUCAGCAGGAAAAAGAUAAAUACCUGGGCUUGGUGAAUGAACUAAGUGCCGAACUUUCUAGCACCAGGACACAAUUAUUGGAUGCGCAAGCGCAGGGAAAGCGGUUCAGGAAUCAAAAUGAAAUGUCGGAUGGGGAGACAUCCCACGAACUUUCAAGUACUCGGGAGAAAUUGGCGGAAGCCUUGCGUACAAUCUCCAAAAUAAAACUUGAAUUGGAGACCAAAGAGGCAGAGAAUGGCAACAUGAAAAAGGAAAUAGAGGAAAGCAAGUUCACCAUCAAAUCAAUUAAAAGUCAACUAAAGGUCGUGCAAGAAGAAUCCGUUGCUCUACGUUUCCAACUUCGAACCGAUACUCCUGUGAAAUUUACCAGACGAACCGAAACUAUGGAUGAACAAAUUAAAAUGUUGACCGCAGCAAACAGUUCAUUGCGCAUGCAGUGUGAACUUUAUGAAAAACAGGUUAAAAUUGCAGAAGAAAAUGCAAUAAGGAACACAGAUAUAGCUAACCUACUAAUGAAAGUUAGAGGAAAGAAUUUGGAAGAGGUAGAAAAAUUUCUUGAAACGAAGCAAAAUGAAAUCCUAAGUGGUGUCGAUGAGAAUAUUGAAGCCUCUGAAAAUGUUUCAGAUGGGCGUCUCUCAUCCAAUGGUAUGGAUCCUUUGAUAUCUAAGCAAUUUUUUAAUGGAUCGUCAAAACAUUAUUCAUGCAGUCUUGGAAAAUGCAAAAACAAGUUCAGGGCUAUUGAAUAUAUGAAUAGCGAUAAUGAAAACAAAGGUUAA